GCCCUCCUUCAAGUCGGGAUUAUACAACUGAGUGCCUUGCCAGCCGGCCAUGGGCCAGGAUUAUUACUCAGUGCUCCAGAUCACUCGCAAUUCAGAGGAUGCCCAGAUCAAGAAGGCGUACCGGAAACUGGCCCUUAAGAACCACCCACUCAAGUCCAGUGAGCCAUCCUCAGCAGAGACAUUCAGGCAAAUAGCAGAGGCCUAUGAUGUGCUGAGCGACCCUGUGAAGAGAGGCAUCUAUGACAAGUUCGGAGAGGAGGGCCUGAAGGGCGGGAUUCCUCUGGAGUUUGGAUCCCAGACCCCAUGGACAACUGGUUACGUCUUCCACGGCAACCCUGAAAAGGUUUUCCAUGAGUUCUUCGGAGGAGACAAUCCCUUUGGUGAGUUUUUUGAUGCAGAAGGAGGUGAGGUAGAUUUGAACUUUGGGGGGCUCCGGGGCCGAGGGGUCAAGAAACAGGACCCCCCAAUAGAACGAGACCUCUACCUAUCCCUGGAGGACUUAUUCUUCGGCUGCACCAAGAAAAUUAAGAUCUCCCGAAGGGUGCUGAACGAGGAUGGGUACUCCUCUACCAUCAAGGACAAGAUUCUCACAAUUGAUGUGAAACCCGGUUGGAGGCAAGGCACACGGAUCACCUUUGAGAAGGAAGGGGACCAGGGCCCCAACAUUAUCCCAGCUGACAUCAUCUUCAUCGUAAAGGAGAAGCUACACCCUCGCUUCCGCAGGGAGAAUGACAACCUCCUUUUUGUGAACCCCAUUCCCUUGGGCAAGGCUCUGACCUGCUGCACCGUGGAGGUGAAGACCCUGGAUGAUCGUCUGCUCAACAUCCCCAUUAAUGACAUUGUCCAUCCCAAGUAUUUCAAGAAGGUGCCAGGUGAGGGGAUGCCACUACCUGAGGACCCCACUAAGAAGGGAGAUCUCUUCAUCUUCUUUGACAUCCAGUUCCCCACCCACCUCACACCCCAAAAGAAGCAGAUGCUGCGCCAGGCAUUGCUGACAUAAACUGGCGGGCUGGGGGCUGGAGCACGGGAGAAGGCUAUCUGGACCUUAUCCCAUUCCUGCCUCAGGAUGUGCAAGGGAGCCAGCCCACUGCACAGAUGUGAGGUGAGGAUGGGAUGGCAUGGGACUUUUAAACUGACACAAUAAAGAUUUAUUUCCUA